AUGGAUGGUACGCACUCGUUUGGAUGCAGCGCUCGUGUCUUCACAAUCCCCCCCCGCGACAGCUGUCGCCAGCUCACAGUCAUGUGUAGGUCACACACUCUUCGCCGUUGAUGAAACGCCGCUCGAAACAGAUCCGAUCACUGACAGACAGAAAACAGCCGGUACUGCGGCAGGAGAAGUCAUCGCCGACGUGAUCGCGAGCAGAGUGCCCGCCGAAGUUGCCAAUCCUCAUGGAAAGAACAGCUUCGCCCUCGACGAUGGCGUUUCCACUCGGGAUCCAUCCUACGCCAAGAGAGUCAGCGUCGAUGUCGAGGCAGUCGGAGACCGCACCGCAUCUGUCAUCGAGCGAGAGCUUUACCCUCAGCCCACCGAAGAGGAAGCUCGCACUCUCCGCAAGGUCGUCGACAAGAUCCCAACGACUGCCUACCUGCUAUGCGUUGUCGAGCUUGCGGAGCGUGCCUCAUACUAUGGUGUUCAGACCAUCUUCUCCAACUUUAUGCAGUUCCCAUUACCGACUGGGUCUCGCACUGGAGCUACUGGUGAUUCUGAGGAGACUGCAGGUGCCCUGGGCCGAGGACUCCAAUUCUCCAACGCCUUUACAUUGCUAUUCUCUUUCUUGGCAUACAUCGUUCCCAUCUUCGGAGGUUGGCUGGCUGAUACGAAACUUGGACGUCUCAAGACCAUAUUACUGGGAGUCCUGAUCUGCGGUGCCGCUCACGUCAUUCUCAUCGUUGGCGCCAUUCCGUCUGUUCUAGUUGCCGGAAACGGCCUUGCGCCAUUCAUGAUCCAACUCAUCCUGCUGGCCGUCGGUGCUGGUAUCUUCAAACCUAACGUCGCACCCACUUUGCUGGAUCAAUACAAGCACCAGAAGGCAUACGUCAAGGCACUGCCUUCCGGCGAGCGGGUCGUCGUCGAUCCUGAAGUUACCAUCCAGCGGAUUAUGCUGCUAUUUUAUGCAUUCAUCAACGUUGGAGCCUUCUUUGCCAUCGCCACGUCUUACGCGGAGAAGUACGUUGGAUACUGGCUGGCAUACCUACUUCCCGGUAUCAUUUAUUUCCUCUUGCCAGCUCUGCUCUGGUACCUCUACCCGAGGCUCAUCAAGUACCCGCCAAACGGAAGUGUCUUGAACAAUGUCGGGAAGAUCAUUGUCGUGGCAUUCAAGCAGAGCAAAGGUCAAUUCUGGAAACAGGAUUCUUUCUGGCGAUCGGCCAUGCCAAGCGAAUUAUCCAAGAAAGGAGUAACCACUUUCAACAACAAGCCUCUUUCCUGGACCGACAAGGAUGUCGAUGAUAUCAGACGAACGAUGAUUGCCUGCGCGGUCUUCCUUUACUUUCCAAUCUACAACUUGAAUGUAAGCUUCGAAAUCACCUCUCGAGACCGUAGACCAUACUAAAUCUUCCUCAGGACGGUGGUAUCGGCUCCGUAUCAACCAGUCAAGGAUCUACUAUGACUACUGAAGGAGCUCCCAACGACCUUCUCGUGAGUAUUGCCCUCCACAAAACACCGCAUCCACACUAACCAUUCCAUUCUCCAGAACAACUUCAACCCCUUGACAAUCAUCGUCUUCGUCCCGUUCCUCUCCUACGUCGUCUACCCGCUCCUCCGGAAAUACAACAUCCCCUUCGGCCGCAUCAACCGCAUCACCUUCGGCUUCCUCCUCGCCUCCCUCUCCGGCGUCGCCGGCGCCGUCGUCCAAUACUACAUCUACCAGACGUCCCCCUGCGGCUACUACGCUACCGACUGCGCCAUCGGCACCGGCGUCUCCCCGCUGACCAUCUGGCUGCAACUCCCCAAUUACAUGCUCAGCGCCAUGUCGGAAUGCUUCUGCAACGUGACGGCCUACGAGCUCGCCUACGCCCGCUCCCCGCCGGGCAUGAAAUCCCUCGUCAUGUCCCUCUUCCUCGCGAGUACGGCGCUCUCCUACGCUCUCGGGGAGAUUGUCAGCCCCGCGAUUAAAGACCCCUAUCUGAUCUGGAUCUGGGCGGGUCCGGCGAUUGCGCUGUUCGUGCAGACGAUUAUUUUCUGGUUCCGGUAUCGGCGGUUUAAUGAUGAUGAGUUUAUGACUUAUGAGAAGGUGGAAGGGGUGGAUGCUGAGAGUCGGGCUAGUGGUGAGGUGGAGGAGGAGGAGAGUGUGGAAGGCGUUGGACCAAAGGGUGAGAAGGAGCAGUAG